AGGUUUUUUGAGCUGAACCGAAGAAGCGAAGUGUUUGGAAAAAACAGUGCAAGUGAAUCGUACAAAAAGGACUUUAAGAACUCAAAGUGUUUGCUCGUGAAUUCCGAUGGCCACAGUAGCUCGAAGCAUGUCUAUGGGACAGAACAUCUACAUGACCAGCACGGUCCAGCAACCGUCGUCGAUGCCGUACCGCAAACGGCCGAUCGCACCGGCGCCGGUCACGCCAACUACGCAACCGCCACCAACCCAGUUCAAGGAUCGUCCAAUGAUCGGCAAAAAGUACUGCCCAACGUCUCUACCGUACGCCGUGACUCCGCAGCAAUCCGUAUCGAUCCAGCGUCGGAACGCCCGCGAACGGAACCGCGUCAAGCAGGUUAACAACGGUUUCGCGAACUUGCGCCAGCACAUCCCGUCCACGGUCGUGACGGCCCUCACCAACGGUGGCCGCGGCCCCCACAAGAAGCUCAGCAAGGUGGACACCCUCAAGGUGGCCGUCAAGUACAUCCGCUCCAUGCAACGUAUGCUCGAGGAGGACAUCGAGAACAACGGCUCGUCCGAGUCGACCUCAACCAAGCUCGACUCGCAAGCCCUCUCGCCGGUCUCAUUCUACGGAUCAAUGUCGGAGUCCUCGACCUCCUCAUCUCCCGCACCCUCCCAACUCUCGGAAUACUCCAGCUACAGCAGUCAGCCGGAACUCACGCCGACCUUCAAGCGCGAACCGUACGACCUGUACCCAACUCCACCAACCUCAGCCACAACCGUGCUGCCCAGCAUGACCACCUUCACGAGUCCAGCGCUCAGUACGGCCACCUACUCCGCGCCGAUGCACCACGUGUACAAAGUGGCACCACUUCCGCUACCGGUCCCGAUCCCAGGUUACACCCACGAAGAGAUGAGUCCCCAGAACACCGACGACGAAGAACUGCUGGACGCGAUUUCCUGGUGGCAGCAGCAGCAGUAGAAUCUCCGUGUUGAAAAUUGACGAAAAGACUGAAAUUUGAGAGGCUGAGACUUCCGGAGGAAGUGCCCUUAAAAUCUCUCAGCCAUCGCGAGACAGUGGCGAACUGAUUACGAUAAGACGUUAGAGUGCCAUCGAUUGGGUUCCUGCACCGUGUCCGCCAGUUACGGGGGGGACACGAGGACGUUCGUUUCAGAUGAUCUCAACUCAAAAACGAAAAAAACGAGCCCCGUGCUCCAAACACUGGACUGGGCUCCAAGUCAACCCCUGACAACGGUGAUGGGGUUUGAGAAAUGUUCAAGAAUUCAUGUACAAAGUAGCGAGUAAUUUUGUGUCGUACUGUUAAGGGAUAUACAACAACUAUGGAAAUCUAGUCAUGGAAUAAAUGUAAAUUUUAUGUUGAA